AUAUUUUGUACACACACACUUAUAAGAAUUAUCGUAACAACAAAUCGAAAAGCUCGCGUUUGUCUUCAAUCUUCUGAAACUAUCAUCGUAACGUAUAGAUCGCGAUGGGGAGAGACAGCUCCUUUGUUUCAUACGUAAAUUUGAGAGUUCUCGUUUGUACAAAGACUCUCGCAAAAUUUCAGGAAUUUCUUUCUCCGUUCCCCUGGCAAGCGGAAAUCCCGUCGAUAUUGUGAUCGCUAUGCGAGAACGCACGUGAUCCUCGCAACUGAUCGCGAUCGGUUACAAAUUGGUCGCGAUCGAUAUUUGCACAAAAAAGGGAACGAUACAAAAUUUUUCGAAAAAGAAAACCCAAAUGGGCGCGAAACGGCGGAGAUUGGCCUCGCAAUGCGAACAAAACGCACGAAGACGCGAACAACGGUCGCGAUGCACGUUAGACGCUCUGCCACUGGAGAUUCUGAGUAUCAUUCUGAAGAUGUUAACUUUGCACGAGGUUGCCUGCAUCGUUCGUUUGGUCUCCAGACGCUGCUCCGACAUUGCGGCCACGGUGUUGAACAGCGAGUUUCUAGUGGCGGGAAUCAGGCUGGAGACAGCGAUAAAGCGCACGGAGAGUCUUAUGAAUAGUGCGGAGACCGAUGCAGAGUUGCUGGAGCGCAGCGAAAUCUUCAACGCGCUAGAACUCGUUCGAUCCCAGUACCGCAUGCUGAAGGCAGUCACGUGGCGAUACACGCACUCGAGGUCGCGUGGUUCGUCCAGCACUUCGUGCUUCUACGGCGGCAGAGUUCUCGACAAUCUCAACUGCCUGUUGCGGAACAUUCUGAAUCCUUGUUCCGAGAAUUUCUCAAAUCUCCUCAGCUACGAUCUGCAAAUCUUCACGCUCAACUGCGAGAACUUCAUGGACCACUUCGAGAAAGUCACCGAGCGCAAGAUGAACAAGUCUGCGUUGAUUUCGGGAUGUAAAAUCGUCGACGUCCUCGACUGUCUGGGUGAGGGUCGACAGGUGCUGUCUUCCAGGAUCUUGUCGAGGACAGGCAAUCCCGUGAUCAGCAUGCAACUCAGAUACGUUCUGAGACGAGCGUGGUUCACGUGCCUGAAGAUACCCAAUGCGAACAACGAGCAUUGCUGGCGGGACAAGCAGCGUUACAUGUAUCUACGACUGCGUCGACUGGUCAAUAGCUUCAACAAGCAUCUGUUCCACAAGCUGCAUCACGAGCGCAACCUCGUCCACAGAAAGAGAGAAUUGUCGUCACUUCGAAAACCGCCACCUGCCUCCACGUAUUCAGGAUACGGCGACUAUGGCGGUCAGUUCUUCUAUUACGGUAACAUGAACAAAUAUGCGUACGAGAAUAGAUUCAAGUAUCCGCGACUUGUCAACACGGAGAUUCAGACGGGCACAGAACUCGAGGAAGAGAGUAAUAACAGAUCGCCUCGCUUCGAUUUAAUCAUCGGAGUGCAAUUAAGGUGUUCGCCGGGAUUGGCGCCGUUGGCAGUGAGACCGAAUCUGAAGACUGAUAAUGUUGAGCGCGCCAACUUGCGUCAGGAAUUAUACCUUAAACUGAGUACGAAGUGCGCGGCGUCCAAAGCCAACAGAUUGCCAGAUAACUUCGUCUGGCAAGUGCGCAGUUCGUAAUCAAAUCACUCGCAAUUUCAUUGAAUCAUCGUGUACAUAAUAUACAAUAUCUAUAGUGAACGAACUACUCUUUUUGUUAUAAAUAUAUACAUAUACAUAUGUCUCUAAAUAUAUAUAAAAUAAAAUAAUCUGCGCGUAUUUUGUUUAAACAAAA